AAUUUCUGAUCUUUUAUCUGGAAGAGCAAAAAAAAGGAGUGAGAUAUUGACAACAGCAUCUACUUCGGCAACAGCAUCUACUUCAGCAGUAGUAAAAGCAUCAACAUCAUUAAUAAGAGAAAGGGGAGAAAGUGAAAUAGAGGAUGUAUUAAUAGGACCAUUUGAUGAAGAAUCACAGGAAUUACCACUAACUAGAGAAGAACCUCUAUCAACAAGAAAAAGAAAGCAAGAUCACGUAUUAGAUUAUUUAAAAAAAAUUGACAAGGAAGUUUCAGACAUCCAAAAAAUGAUGGAGAGAA